CCCCCGCGCCGCCGGCCCUAGUCUGCCUGUUUUCCACUCGCGCUCCGGCUGUUGUCACUUGGCUCUCUGGCUGGAGCUUGAGGACGCAAGGAGGGUCUGUCACUGGCAGACUCGAGACUGUAGGCACUGCCAUGGCCCCUGUGCUCAGUAAGGACUCGGCGGACAUCGAGAGCAUCCUGGCUUUAAAUCCUCGAACACAAACUCAUGCAACUCUGCGUUCCACUUCGGCCAAGAAAUUAGACAAGAAACAUUGGAAAAGAAAUCCUGAUAAGAACUGCUUUAAUUGUGAGAAGCUAGAGAAUAAUUUUGAUGACAUCAAGCACACGACUCUUGGUGAGCGAGGAGCUCUCCGAGAAGCAAUGAGAUGCCUGAAAUGUGCAGAUGCCCCCUGUCAGAAGAGCUGUCCAACUAAUCUUGAUAUUAAAUCAUUCAUCACAAGUAUUGCAAACAAGAACUAUUAUGGAGCUGCUAAGAUGAUUUUUUCUGACAACCCACUUGGUCUGACUUGUGGAAUGGUAUGUCCAACCUCUGAUCUUUGUGUAGGUGGAUGCAAUUUAUACGCCACUGAAGAGGGACCCAUUAAUAUUGGUGGAUUGCAGCAAUUUGCUACUGAGGUAUUCAAAGCAAUGAGUAUCCCACAGAUCAGAAAUCCGUCCCUGCCUCCCCCAGAAAAAAUGUCUGAAGCCUAUUCUGCAAAGAUUGCUCUUUUUGGUGCUGGGCCUGCAAGUAUAAGUUGUGCUUCCUUUUUGGCUCGAUUGGGAUACUCUGACAUCACUAUAUUUGAAAAACAAGAAUAUGUUGGUGGUUUAAGUACUUCUGAAAUCCCUCAGUUCCGGCUGCCAUAUGAUGUAGUGAAUUUUGAGAUUGAGCUAAUGAAGGACCUUGGUGUAAAGGUAAUUUGUGGUAAAAGCCUUUCAGUGAAUGAAAUGACUCUUAGCACUUUGAAAGAAAAAGGCUACAAAGCUGCUUUCAUUGGAAUAGGUUUGCCAGAACCCAAUAAAGAUACCAUCUUCCAAGGCCUGACGCGGGACCAGGGGUUUUACACAUCCAAAGACUUUUUGCCACUUGUAGCCAAAGGCAGUAAAGCAGGAAUGUGCGCUUGUCACUCUCCAUUGCCAUCGAUACGGGGAGUCGUGAUUGUACUUGGAGCUGGAGACACUGCCUUUGACUGUGCAACAUCCGCUCUACGUUGUGGAGCUCGUCGUGUGUUCGUCGUCUUCAGAAAAGGCUUUGUUAAUAUAAGAGCUGUCCCUGAGGAGAUGGAACUUGCUAAGGAAGAAAAGUGUGAAUUUCUGCCAUUCCUGUCCCCACGGAAGGUUAUAGUAAAAGGUGGGAGAAUUACUGCUAUGCAAUUUGUUCGGACAGAGCAAGAUGAAACUGGAAAAUGGAACGAAGAUGAAGAUCAGAUGGUCCAUCUGAAAGCCGAUGUGGUCAUCAGUGCCUUUGGUUCAGUUCUGAGUGAUCCUAAAGUAAAAGAAGCCUUGAGCCCUAUAAAAUUUAACAGAUGGGGUCUCCCAGAAGUAGAUCCAGAAACUAUGCAAACUAGUGAACCAUGGGUAUUUGCAGGUGGCGAUGUCGUUGGUUUGGCUAACACUACAGUGGAAUCAGUGAAUGAUGGAAAACAAGCUUCUUGGUACAUUCACAAAUAUAUACAGUCACAAUAUGGAGCUUCCAUUUCUGCCAAGCCUGAACUACCCCUCUUUUACACUCCUAUUGAUCUGGUGGACAUUAGUGUAGAAAUGGCCGGAUUGAAAUUUAUAAAUCCUUUUGGUCUUGCUAGUGCAACUCCAGCAACCAGCACAUCAAUGAUUCGAAGAGCUUUUGAAGCUGGAUGGGGUUUUGCCCUGACCAAAACUUUCUCUCUUGAUAAGGACAUUGUGACAAAUGUUUCCCCCAGAAUCAUCCGGGGAACCACCUCUGGCCCCAUGUAUGGCCCUGGACAAAGCUCCUUUCUGAAUAUUGAGCUCAUCAGUGAGAAAACGGCUGCAUAUUGGUGUCAAAGUGUCACUGAACUAAAGGCUGACUUUCCAGACAACAUUGUGAUUGCUAGCAUCAUGUGCAGUUACAAUAAAAAUGACUGGAUGGAACUUGCCAAAAAGUCUGAGGAUUCUGGAGCAGAUGCCCUGGAGUUAAAUUUAUCGUGUCCACAUGGCAUGGGAGAAAGAGGAAUGGGCUUGGCCUGUGGGCAGGAUCCAGAGCUGGUGCGUAACAUCUGCCGCUGGGUUAGGCAAGCUGUUCAGAUUCCUUUUUUUGCCAAGCUGACCCCAAAUGUCACUGAUAUUGUGAGCAUCGCAAGAGCUGCAAAGGAAGGUGGUGCCGAUGGCGUUACAGCCACCAACACUGUCUCAGGUCUGAUGGGAUUAAAAUCUGAUGGCACACCUUGGCCAGCAGUGGGGAUUGCAAAGCGAACUACAUAUGGAGGAGUGUCUGGGACAGCAAUCAGACCUAUUGCUUUGAGAGCUGUGACCUCCAUUGCUCGUGCUCUGCCUGGAUUUCCCAUUUUGGCUACUGGUGGAAUUGACUCUGCUGAAAGUGGUCUUCAGUUUCUCCAUAGUGGUGCUUCAGUCCUCCAGGUAUGCAGUGCCAUUCAGAAUCAGGAUUUCACUGUGAUUGAAGACUACUGCACUGGCCUCAAAGCCCUGCUUUAUCUGAAAAGCAUUGAAGAACUACAAGACUGGGAUGGACAGAGUCCAGCUACUGUGAGUCACCAGAAAGGGAAACCAGUUCCACGUAUAGCUGAACUCAUGGACAAGAAACUGCCAAGUUUUGGACCUUAUCUUGAACAGCGCAAGAAAAUCAUAGCAGAAAACAAGAUUAGACUGAAAGAACAAAAUGUAGCUUUUUCACCACUUAAGAGAAACUGUUUUAUCCCCAAAUGGCCUGUUCCAACCAUCAAGACAGUAUUGUUUCCAGGCAGUCAUAAUGAGAAAAAAAGGAGGUGUUAUUGGAUGGCAUUCUCUCUGAAAUCAUCAUCACUAAAAUGUACUUUGCAGUUACUGAAAUUCAUUAUUUUGUAUUUGAUGACACUCUACUCCUACAUUGCCAUUUUCUGUUUGAAACAUCAGCUGAAAAGCUUGCUUUUAUGUGCUCUCGAGUAGACCUCACUGAAAUUCAUCUUUAGCAGUCAACUGGAGAUUGGAACCCUUAAAAAUUCCCUCUACCUAUGAAGAAAAAAAAAAAAUGUGUCUCAUGCUAAAAACAGUGGAGUUUAGACUUGGUGUUCCAAGCAAUACAGAGUUCUGCAAGAGCAAAGGGAGUGGCUGACCACAAAGCCUACCAACACUUCAAUGCCAUCAUUCUAAAUAAAAUGAACACUUGGGACAUUUAACAGCAUAAAAACCCCAAAUCAUCUCUUGAGUUCAUGUUAAAUUAUUUUUGUGCUACUAAAAGUAUGAACUGAACAAACUGAACACUGAUGGAAUGUGAAGGCCAGAACCUACAACCCUUCAUGAGCCUUUUUCCCCCAUCUGUGGCUAUGACUACUAUAUGAUUUGGAGAUAUAGUGUGUCUGGAGUUGGUUCCUGCCUGUGGGUUCAUGGUCUCUCUGACCUCGAGAAUGAAGCUGCGGACCUUCGUGAUGAGUGUUAUAGCUCUUAAAGUUGGCACGGACCCAAAGAGUGAGCAACAGCAAGAUUUAUACUGAAGAGCAAAAGAACAAAGCUUCCACAGCAUGGAAAGGGACCCGAGCAGGUUGCCACAGCUGGUUGGAGUGGCCAGCUUUUAUUCCCUUAUUGUCCCCUCCCGUGUUCUGUUUUUGUCCUAUCAGAGUGCUGUCUUUUCAAUCCUCCCUACGAUUGGCUACUUUUAGGAUCCUGCUGAUUGGUGCGUUUUACAGAGCACAGAUUGGUGCAUUUUACAUAGCCCUGAUUGGUACGUUUUUACAGAGUGCUGAUUGGUGCAUUUUACAAUCCUAGCUACAGAGUGCUGAUUGGUGCAUUUUACAAUCCUCUUGUAAGAAAAGUUCUCCAAGUCCCCACUCAACCCAGGAAGUCCAGUUGACUUCACCUCUCAAUAGGAAUUCUCCCAGCUUUCUCUUCUUAAUCAAUUUGAAUUAAAUGUACGAUCUCCAUCUCUAGGCAUCUUUUCCUUAGGUGUAAAAAUUUCUGAAGGAAGAUAUUAUUUAUAUUUGAAAUAAAAGAAGUGCAAGAUGAUUAUGAAAGCAUUUUGACCUUUUCUAGCCCUCAAAUCUUUCAGGGAUUAUAUUUUAAAUACCGAUAACCUAGACAAAAAAAACAAAACAGAACAAACAAAAAAUCUACUGUGGUUGAAUGAAAGCUUGUAGAUCAUUGAUCAAACAAAAUCAAACUCAGAAUUAAAUAAACCAAAGAAAUGUGAAGUCUUGGAUGUAGAUAAAGAUUUCAGAAGUAUCAAAGAGAGAUAAGGCAUCUUAUUAAAAAUAGUGCAAGCUUAUGUUCCUCUCCUAAGGUUUCUUACUUUAGAGGUUAUCCAGAAUGGAAUUUCCUUGGUGUUACAUGUUACACAAGCCUCAAGACAUUGUAGCUACCAUCUUACCAGCAUCUUAGACCUUAUCAGUGUCAACAUCUUAAUGGGCAGCUCUGGUAGAUUUUCUUAAUGUCUGGUGAAUUUUCCACUACCUUGGCCUUCUCCCCAGAAUGUCCACACUCAUUCCACCUGUUGUCAUUUCUAGGCAGAUGCUGUGCCCUGUCAAAAAACAAAAUAGUGAAUGAUAGUGGUGAGGUUUUGGGGGAAGGGAGCAUUUUCAGUUUUCAUAAAUGCAGAU